UGCGCCUGCGCGCCUCGGCCAGCGCAAGGACCCGUAUUUAAAGGGACAGGCGUUACCACCGUGCCAGCCGUCGUGGGCUCGCCGGCCGCCUGUGGGGGCGCCUGGACGGGAGGCUUGAGCCCAAGUGCUCUUCAAGGAUGGCCCCUUGAAGAGGUCGGGAAGGCAGGAGAUGGAUGUUUAACAGCCUGGGGAGUGUUUGAUUAGUCAGCAUAGACUGAAUGAAGUUCUGGCCUUUGAGAAACCAGAAGCCUAGCUUCUCCUGUCUUUUGUCUCCCACCCUUUUGUGCAGCUAUAUGACUUUGGUUUUCAAAAUCCUCUUCUCACAAAACCUCCGUGCAUUUGGCAGGAAAAAGCUGUGUCUUUUCCGAGAGCAGAAUCACUGGCCUGACAUAAGACAAUUCAGCCAGUGGUCAGAAACUGCUCUGCUCCUGGGGCAUUCCCUUCUCCAGAGAAGAAAGCCUGUUCUGUCAUUCCAAGGAGGCCAUUUGAGACCACGUGCCACCCGCCUUGUUUUCUUGCCAGGCUUGCAUGUGGGACUCUGUAGUGGCCCCUGUGAGAUGGCCGAGCAACGAUUCUGUGUGGACUACGCCAAGCGUGGCACAGCUGGCUGCAAAAAAUGCAAGGAAAAGAUUGUCAAGGGCGUAUGCCGAAUUGGCAAAGUGGUGCCCAAUCCUUUCUCUGAGUCCGGCGGUGAUAUGAAAGAGUGGUACCACAUUAAAUGCAUGUUUGAGAAACUGGAACGGGCUCGGGCCACUACAAAAAAAAUAGAAGACCUCACAGAGCUGGAAGGCUGGGAAGAGCUGGAGGACAACGAAAAGGAACAGAUAACCCAACACAUUACAGAUCUGUCUUCAAAGGCAACAGGCACACCAAAGAAGAAAGCUGUAGUCCAGGCUAAGUUGACAACCACUGGCCAAGUAGCCUCCCCAGCGAAAGGCGCUGCAGUUACCACCAACACCAACCCCCGGAAAUUCUCAGGCUUCUCAGCUAAGCCCAACAACUCUGAGCAAGUCCCCUCAAACCCUGCCCCUCAGACAAGCCUGUCCUCAAGCAGAUGCGACCCCAAGCACAAAGAUUGUUUGUUACGGGAGUUUCGGAAGCUGUGUGCCAUGGUGGCUGACAACCCUAGCUACAACACAAAGACCCAGAUCAUCCAGGACUUCUUGCGGAAAGGCUCAGCAGGAGAUGGCUUCCACGGGGAUGUGUACCUCACAGUGAAGCUGCUGCUACCUGGUGUCAUCAAGAGUGUUUACAACUUGAAUGAUAAGCAGAUUGUGAAGCUUUUCAGCCGCAUUUUUAACUGCAACCCAGAUGAUAUGGCCCGGGACCUAGAACAGGGUGACGUGUCAGAGACAAUCAGAGUCUUCUUUGAGCAGAGCAAGUCUUUCCCCCCAGCUUCCAAGAGCCUUCUCACCAUCCAGGAAGUGGAUGAAUUCCUCUUGCUGCUCUCCAAGCUCACCAAGGAGGAUGAGCAGCAGCAGGCCCUGCAGGAUAUCGCCUCCAGGUGCACAGGUAAUGACCUCAAGUGUAUCAUCAGGCUGAUCAAACAUGAUCUGAAGAUGAACUCAGGUGCAAAACAUGUGCUAGAUGCCCUCGAUCCCAAUGCCUAUGAAGCCUUCAAAGCCUCACGCAAUCUGCAGGAUGUGGUGGAGCGGGUCCUGCGCAAUGAGCAGGAGGUGGAGAAGGAGCCAGGCCGGAAACGGACCCUGAGUGUCCAGGCCUCGCUGAUGACACCUGUGCAGCCCAUGCUGGCUGAGGCCUGCAAGUCCAUCGAAUAUGCAAUGAAGAAAUGUCCCAAUGGCAUGUUCUCUGAGAUCAAGUACGACGGGGAGCGAGUCCAAGUUCAUAAGAAUGGGGACCACUUCAGCUAUUUCAGCCGCAGUCUCAAGCCUGUCCUGCCUCACAAGGUGGCCCACUUCAAGGACUACAUCCCCUUGGCCUUUCCUGGGGGCCAUAGCAUGAUCUUGGACUCAGAGGUGCUCCUCAUUGACAACCAAACAGGCAAACCACUACCCUUUGGGACUCUGGGAGUGCACAAGAAAGCUGCCUUCCAAGAUGCUAAUGUCUGCCUGUUUGUUUUUGACUGUAUCUAUUUUAAUGAUGUCAGCUUGAUGGACAGGCCUCUCUGUGAGCGGCGGAAGUUUCUUCAUGACAACAUGGUUGAAAUUCCUAACCGGAUCAUGUUCUCAGAAAUGAAGCGAGUCACAAAAGCCUCUGACUUGGCGGACAUGAUCAACCGGGUGAUCCGGGAGGGGCUGGAGGGGCUAGUGCUGAAGGAUGUGAAGGGUACAUAUGAGCCUGGAAAGCGGCACUGGCUGAAAGUGAAGAAAGACUACUUGAAUGAGGGGGCCAUGGCUGACACAGCUGAUCUAGUGGUGCUUGGGGCCUUCUACGGGCAGGGAAGCAAAGGUGGCAUGAUGUCCAUCUUCCUCAUGGGCUGCUACGACCCUAGCAGCCAGAAGUGGUGCACUGUCACCAAGUGUGCAGGAGGCCAUGAUGAUGCCACACUUGCCCGCCUGCAGAAGGAGCUGGACAUGGUGAAGAUCAGCAAGGAUCCCAGCAAAAUACCCAGCUGGCUGAAGAUCAACAAGAUCUACUAUCCUGACUUCAUCGUUCCAGACCCAAAGAAAGCUGCCGUGUGGGAGAUCACAGGGGCGGAAUUCUCCAAAUCUGAGGCUCACACAGCAGAUGGGAUCUCCAUCCGAUUCCCUCGCUGCACCCGGAUCCGAGAUGACAAGGACUGGAAGUCUGCUACCAACCUCCCCCAACUCAAGGAACUGUAUCAACUGUCCAAGGAGAGGGCAGACUUCACCAUAGUGGCUGGAGAUGAGGGGAGCUCCACUACGGGAGGCAGCAGUGGCGAGAAUGAGGGCACCUCAGGGUCUGCUGGAUCCCACAAGACUCCCAAAGGCUCCCCCAAAAAGCCCUCUGCCAAUGCCAGGAAGGCUGAAGGGAAGCUAAACAACUCCAGCAGCAAAAAUGGCAGCAAGCCCGCUACGAAGCCUUCCCCUGUGAAACUGGGAGCAAAUCCAUCCCUAAAGUCUUCUCCAGUGAAAAUAGGGGAGAAGAGGAAAGCUACCGACGAGACCCCAUGCCAAACAAAGGUGAAGAGGCGCCGGGCCAGCCAGCAGCGAGGAAGGAGAGCUGUGCCAGCAGGCAGGAGAUAGAGCCUGGCCUAACAGGAGAGGCCUGGGGGUCCACCCAGCUGCCAGCCCCAAAUCACAGUAUACAUAAAGCAGAGAAAGCCCAGUCUGGGUGUGGGGUACAGCAGUGUGGGAGCAAGCAGUCCAGCAAGGAGAGGGAGCAUGUGCUGGUGUGGUGGCUGAGGAGCCUUGUUUCUACUUCUUCUCAUCUUUUGCUUUAGCAAGUGAGCGCCUUUUGAAGCCAGGAACUAAGUUAACACUAGCUCUCCCCAGGGAACUGCUAGCACAUAGGCACUGCACUCUCUCUCUCCACACCCCUGCCCAAGACAAGCAUAGCUUUGUGAUGACUCGGGGUCUGAGCCCAGUUCCAGCAGACCAGUGGGAACCUUACCCGUCUCUCUUCCCUUCCCGAAGUCCUUGAACUCAUCCCCAGUGAUGAGCAGGAUUCCCAGGCCCUGAGUCCAGCUAGCAUGUGGAAUGUAUCUCUUAUCUUCAGGGAUGGCACCAAGUCAGGGGCCCUGGGGUCUGAGUGCCACUGGAUAGCUCUUAGAGACAUGCCCCUUUCCCAGGUCCCAAAUGUUGGGGUUCAUCAGUUUUGGGCUACUUGGAGAGACUAGAGGAAGAGGGUAUCGAUGUCUGCGCCUUUUCUCCAGUAAGAGCCCCUGCAUCCUAGCCCCUGGGCGCCCUCCAUCUCCAGCUCCUUUCUAAUCUUCCUGUCCUGUGCUCAUGUGGGGAAGGCCCCCAACAUGAACCCCUACCUGGACCCCUCUGCCUUUGCAGGUGCUGCUGGACAUCUUCACUGGGGUGAGGCUCUAUUUGCCACCCUCCACUCCAGACUUCAGCCGUCUUCGGCGCUACUUUGUCGCAUUUGAUGGGGACUUGGUGCAGGAAUUUGACAUAGCCUCUGCCACACA